CCCUACCUUUACCAGUUAUGGCCUGAUCCAGGAGCUGUUACUUUAAAUACCAUUUAAGACCAUCUGUAUAACUAUACACAAGUUCGAUAUUUGACAGAAGUGCUGUAUCGGUUGUGACACACGGUCGACCAAACAAGUCCGAGUAGACGUCAGUUCGAGGGCACACUGUGGUGCACUGGGUUACAAAAAGCAUCAGCGAGAUAACCUACAUCCAUUCGGCAACUAGACAUGGCAGCCAUGUUAAAUCAAAGCAAUGCUUCCAUUAUGGCUGCUGUCGCACUGCUGGCGGGACUGUUGAUGUUCAAUACAUCUCUGAUACUAGUGUUUUUCACUGUAUUACUAAUUCUAUGGCUGUCAACGCGGCGUCACCCUGGACUUCCCCCCGGGCCCCCUCUUCUACCACUGGUGGGCAACAUUUUUCAAAUGGAUGCCGAUCCCCGAGUGACUUUCAGCAAACUGCGACGUCAGUAUGGCAACAUCUUCAGCGUGUACAUCUUCCACAAGCCCGUCAUCGUCCUCAACGGCUACAAUGUCCACAAAGAGGCCCUGGUCAAGAACGCUGAUGUUUUCUCAGACAGGCCUCACUCCUUCCUAUCGGAUAUCUUUGGUCACAACAAAGGAAUAUUAAGCACCAACGGCUCUACAUGGAAAGACAUGAGAAAGUUCGCUGUCACCACUCUCAGAGAGUUCGGGGUGGGAAGGUCAACCAUUGAAGAGAAAAUACAGCAAGAACUGGAUAAACUUUUGAAAGCAUUUGAGGAUGAAGGUUCGAAUGAGUUUGAUUGUAAACGACUUGUCCACAAUGCUACGUCUAAUAUCGUUUCUGACCUUUGUUUCGGAAAGCAUUAUGAAUAUAAUGACCCACGAUUCAUCAGGCUGCUAGACGCAGUAGAGGAGAUAGUUUCUGAUUUAAGAGCUGCUAACGUUUUGGAUGUGUUUCCAGCUGUGAGAUUUCUACCGGGAGAUUUCUUUAACUAUAAACGCCUUAUGAGAAACAUCCAAGUACUGGAGAAAGAAGUAGCUAAACACAUUGAGGAACACGUCAACAACUACGACGAAGAUGAACCCGUUGAAGAUUUCACCUCCGCUUUCCUCAAAGAGGUGCGACACCGCAAGCAAAGAGACGAGACUUUUGAUGAAAGUCACCUAUCGAUGGUUCUGAUUGAUAUCUUCACACCCGGAACGUUUGAUAAUGCCAACAGCAUCAAAUGGUCACUACUACACCUACUGCAUUACCCGGAAGUUCAGGAGAAGUGUUUCCAGGAGAUCCAAGAACACGUCGGGUUCAACAGACGACCCUCCAUGAAGGACAAGACAAGCCUUCCUUACGUAGAAGCCACGCUUUCAGAGGUCCUGAGACACGCAGACAUGGUACCCACAGGGGUGCCACACACAGUCCCCCACGAUGUCCAGUUCCAUGGCUACACGUUCCCAAAGGGUGUCACUAUUAUUCCUAUGUUGAACUCUGUGCUUCAUGAUCCGGCAACGUGGGGGGAUCCACAAAAUUUCAGACCUGAACGCUUCCUUGACCAUGAAGGGAAAUUCCGGAAGAGGGAUGAAUUAGUUACUUUUUCUCUUGGACGCCGAGCAUGUCCUGGGGAGUCACUAGGCCGCAUGGAACUGUUCCUGGUUCUUACCACAUUGAUUCAGAGGUUCAAGUUCGUCCCUCCGAGUGGAACGCUGCAACCACUGAUAGGAAUAAUGGGCAUUGCCAACAAUGCUCCCCCUUUCAAGUGCAAAGCCAUUCCAAGGAACAUUUGAGAGGAUAGCCACUGUUUUAGAAUGGUUACAUUGCUUAGCACCUUAUGGUUCCAUGUGAAACGAAUUUUGGUUUUAUUUGAGAAAUUUGAGAUGUCCAAAUGCCAACUUUGUAGUUUAUCUGCGUGUAAGUACAAUAUAGCAUUAUAUGAUAAAACAUUUCAUUAAAUAGAGUUACAUGUAUGGAUGAGAUAUAUCCUUUGAACUUUUUUAAGUGUCCUCCUGAAAUCCCGUCGCAACCUGGUAUUUCGUAGUUUUCAAAUCUCUUUUAUCCACAGGGAUUUCCUGUGCCUGGUUUUCGCAAGAUUUCGGAAAUUAAAACCUUUUACUACCUUU